AUGCUGUCGCAUCGCCAGCACUGGCUCGGCCAAGUGCUGCUGGGCCUGCUGUGUUUCUGCAUAACUCCCACUCGCGGUGACUACUUCACUAACCCCGCGAGCUUCGAACUCGACCAGACGGGGGCCCAAAUCACCACGCAGAACCUCAAUACGACAUACACGCUUGGCCAAAAGGUCCAACUGACUUGGGUUGUUCCGAAUGUGCCGUACAUAUCUCUUGUUUUGGUGCACUGGGGAAAGGAUGAGGGCGUUCCAGUGGCUUCAUUCAUAACCAACAACCGCAACCAGGGUUACUACACUUGGUUUGUCGGAGAGAGCGACGGUCUCAGGGAAGGAUCAAUAAAGAAUAACCCAAACUUUGCGCUGAGGAUCGUCGAUCCGACCGGGAACUACACCAAGACGGGCGGUCCUCCGGGCUUCAUCGACAACGAACUUCAAAGCAGGGGUUUCGUCAUCAAGAGCAAGGCAGAAACAGAGGCCAAGGCCUCUUCAGCCAACCUGUCCAUAGGCGCUGUUGCUGGUAUUGCCAUUGGAUCAUUCGCAGUCGGCGCGCUUGUGGUACUUGCGGUGUGGUGGCUCUGGCUCCGGAAGGGACGCUCUCAUUCCAGCCACGACGAUGUCCGCCAUCAUAUAGCACCUGCGAUGCGUCACGACUCGGCCUACGCAAGCCCAAACUCCUCGGCAGACCACAUGUUCCAGGCCCAUAACCCCCACGGAUCUUCUCAUCUAUCGCAUCAAGUCAGCAACAUAAGCCCCGUCAGCCCGGUGCGUCGGCAUACGCCCCCGCCGUCAUAUCCAUCUCCGAUCGACGAGCAUCGGUCACCCAUGACGGAGCUCUCUGGAACGCGUGAACCCCAAGAAGUUUCGUCGGCCAGCGUCAACUACCCAACUGAACUGGCUGGAUCCAAUCGACGUUGA